AUGACUGCUACUCAAGGUCGUCUCCAGGGCAAAAAUGCCAUUAUCACCGGUGCCGGCGGUGGCAUCGGACUCGAAACCUCCAUCCUGUUCGCUCGUGAGGGCGCUAACGUACUUAUGGCUGAUGUCUCCGAUGCUGCUCUCGCCAAGGCAUUGGCUAAGGUGAAGGAAGUUGUUCCCUCUGCCCCUCGGUUAGAGUCCAUCAAGUGCGACGUGUCCAAGGAGUCCGACGUGCAGGCCAUGGUCGAGUCCCAGGACAGCUGGGGCGGCACUGAUGUGAUCUUCAACAACGCCGGUAUCAUGCACGCCAAUGAUGCGGACGCCAUCGACACCCCCGAGAAGAUCUGGGAUCUUACACACAACAUCAACGUCAAGGGAGUCUGGUUCGGCAGCAAGCACGCCGUCAUGAGUUUGCGUCGUCACAAGAAGGCCCGUGGCAGCAUUAUCAACACUGCCAGUGUGGUUGCUCUGGUUGGUGCUGCCACCCCACAGCUGGCCUACACCGCUAGUAAGGGUGCCGUCCUGGCCAUGACUCGCGAGCUGGCCAUCGUGCACGCUCGUGAGGGUUUCCGCUUCAACGCUCUGUGUCCCGCUCCUCUGAACACCCCCUUGCUGCAGGACUGGCUUGGCGAGGACAAGGAGAAGCGCUUCCGCCGUGAGGUGCACUUCCCCACCGGCCGGUUCGGUGAAGCCAUCGAGCAGGCUCACGCUGUGGUUUUCCUGGCUAGCGACGAGAGCAGCUUUGUGAAUGGAACUGACUUUGUGGUGGAUGGUGGAAUGACCAAGGCCUACGUGACCCCUGAAGGCCCUGCGACCGCUGCGCCUCAGAACAACGGUCUUUAG